GAUAUUUGAAGGUUGGCUUGCUUGCUUUGAGAACUUGUUGGUUCUUGAAUCGCCAUUGCGAGAAAUCAAUUACUACAUUGCCUGCUACUUUAUAACUGGGCAUUUCUGGCGGAUAUCAUGAUCUCCAGAUAUAAUUCAAGCAAACUAUCUUAGAAAAUAAAUUGAAAUAUGGCCUGAGAUUUGGGACUAAAUCGAAAGAAUACAAAAAUAAUAAAUUAAAUCAAACAUAUCAGCAACUUACUAGUUUUCGAAGAGACUUGAAUUAUGCUAACCUGUCGGCCGUCAUCUAGAUAUUCACCGACGUUGAACCAUGCCUCGUAUAGAUCCUUUGCAACUUUUGAAUUGUUUGAGCGUUCUGUUGCGCCCUGACGGUGGUAUAAGAAGUGAAGCCGAAGUUCUUCGUUUAGCUAGUUUAAUGACCAAGUUCUCGAAAAAAUUGGUGUCUAAGUGCAUUUACGUUCAGAUUCUGAAACGAUCAGACACCCGAUUACUGGAACUAUUUAUGUCGUCAGGUGGUUGGACUCUUAUUCAUAUGUGGCUCAGCGACGGCAUAAUGAAUAAAAAUUGGGCUUUAGUCCAAGAAUUAUUGGAACUCUUGUUAUUAUCGCCUGUCGAUGUGGAGAUAUUGAAAAGCAACAACUGCCCCAAACUGAUCAAAGGACUCUCAAGAGAUGAAAGUCAAGAAGGAGUGCGUCUUUUGGCAGGUAAGCUGGUGGAGCAGUGGUUGCGUUUAGUAAAAGGGGAAUCUGUGAAACCAAUUCAUACACCUGUUGCAAAUCAGAAUUCUAUUUCUGAACGGGUUGAAUUUUCUAAAGUGACAGAUAUUAGUACAAUUGAAGAAAAUAAAGAUAUGCAUGUAGUAGAAAUGAAGGAUAAUGCCCCAGUUGAGGAUGUUUCUCUUCCCACAUCUGAAAUGGUAGUUAAGGCUGAAGAAGAGCCUAGCAUUGUGACAAAAGAUGUAGUUGAUAAUGUUGUAAACGAAGUUGUCGAAGAUGAACAGCAAAUGGAAAGUGUAAAUAAAGUUGAAGAAGAAGAAUCUGCAGCUAAUUUAAAACAAGAUAAUUCUAAUUCUAAUGAAAUCUUACCUGACCCGGUGAGUAGUAAUAAAGAGGCAAUAGAACUGAAAGAAUCGAUCAAAAAGGAGAAAAAAGAAAAAUAUAGUAGUAGCCACAGAUCGAGUUCUAGUAAAUAUUCAAGUAGUAAAAGUUUAAGUUCCAGUAGUCAUCACAGAAGCAAAGACAGAGAAAGAGAGAAACGAUCAUCCAGCUCAAAAAGUAGCACUAGGGAUAAGGAGAGGGACAGGGAAAAAGAAAAGGAGAAAGAAAAAGAGAAGGAAAAGGAGAGAGCUAGAUCUAAACAGGAAGAGAAAGAUAAAGCGACAUUAGAUAAACUCAAGCCAAAGACUUUAAGUAAACUUGGAAAAAUUCCAAAAAAAUCGUCAAGCAAUGAAGAGAAGAACAGUAGUAAAUUAGAAGAAAAGGGAUCUAAAAGUGAUAAAACAACUAAAGUGGAUGAAAAAGCAAAUAAAGUUGAAUCUAAAAAACCUUCCAUAUCUAUUGAAGUUCGAAAAAAUGAGGGAAAUCGACCAAAAACUGUUAAAACUUUUAAUUCCAAAUUCCGAUCUCAUGGUUUAGAGGAAGAGGCUAAACCUCCACCACCUAGAUCAGUGAAAAAGUCUACGAGUACCACCGUCUUACCCUCUAUACCGCCUCCCGUAAAGAGGCCUUCGCCACCACCGCGAUACGAUAACAUGGCACCCCCAGAAAAGGCUGCCAAACUUGCCGAUGCUCCUGUACAAGCAAAGCCGGGAGCCAUUAAGCUGAUUCCUGCUAAACCUAAACCUUCUAUGUUGGUGGAAAGUGAUAUGUUUAUGGAUGCUUUGAGUGCUUCUGCAUCGAAUAAGAAGGAACCCCGUAAGCGAAAGCGGAAAUUAAGCAUAUCAAAAGAUUCCGAAUCUGAACUGCAUUCACCCGGAAUUAAUACACCUAGUCCUUCUCGAAAUCCGAAAUUGGAAGAGCUCUCGGACAUAAACUCUACCACCCAAGUAGAGAAUAAUGAUGUCACAAACGAUAUUAAUAUUCCUGCGCCUCCCAGAUUUUACCAGGAUACACUGGAGAACACGGACGAGGAAAAGGAGACUGAAACAGAAAAAGAAGCAGAUCAAUCGAUCGAUGAACAACAUCAGGAAAUUGAAUCGCCUAGCAAUUCUGAAACGGAAAAAGACAAUAGUACAGAUAAUGCAACGAGCGUUGAAAGAGUCAGCCAGGAGCCUUCGCCUCUUAAAGGAGUAUUACUCAGUUCGAAGCGCAAAGGACCGAAAAAGAAAUUGCAAUGGCGUGCAGAGGAGGAGCUAGUUGAUAUACAAUACUUUGAAUUAGAUGAAACAGAACGAGUGAACGUUACGAAGACGUUCACCGACAUGAAGCAAAUGGAACGAGUUAACGAACGAGAAGCUUUCCAAUUGGCUCGUAAAUUGCCAAACGAAGAUACCAUGGAAGAAAGGACAUCAUGGAUGAUUUUAAUACCUGUCGAUGACGUGGCUCCUAUAAACUUUGGUAAAAACAGCCGAGAAAAGGAUGUACAAUAUGCGCGAGAGAGGACGGUUGCGCCAGCUAUGUACUACCACAGAAUGAUGAUUCCUGAGUCACCUGCUGAGCCCGAUCCCGAGUUAUAUAGCGUUUCCGAUCCGACGAUAAUUCCGCUGGAUGAUGUCACCGGAAAUCCAGAUACAGUGAACGAUUUCCAGAAUACGCCUUGGCCGGAACCAAAAGGUCAAGCACCCGUUCAAGUAAUGACGGCACCUGUUACAGCUUUUCCGUCAGUGCCGCCCAUGAUGCCUUUUGGUCCUCACGGUCCUGGUAUGGGCUUUUCAAUGCCUAUGUUUCCAGGUCCCAUGGGACCUCCUCCUUUUUCUAACCGUCCGAACAACGAUUCUAUGCCACCCAUGAAUCCAGAUAUGAUGAUGAAUGGCGGCAUGUUCCCACCUCACAUGGACGGUUCUUCCGAUGGCGGUAUGAUGCAGCAAAUGAAUAACUUUGGCCCACCUUUCGGUCCACCAUUCGCCGGUCACAACCCGCCUGGAUUUCCUGGAAACAGGCCAAUGCGACCUAUGAAUAACAUGGGCAAUAUGGGAGGCCCGCGAGGGCCGCCGCCACCGAAUUCAGGCUGGUUUCGAGCGCCAGGUUCGAGGGGGCCACCCAUGGGACCGCCGCAUGGCGGACCUGGACCGGGUUGGCAAAAUGGACCGCGAAAGAACUGGAAUCCCAGAGUAUGCAAGCAAUUCUUUCGUAAGGGUUUUUGUAAUAAAGGAGACAAUUGUUUGUUUUUGCACCCGGGUGUUAAUUGUCCGCCGCUUUAGAGACGUUGAGUAGACGAAUGCCUAAUAUCUGUGAUUUUAAUAUGUUAUUAUGUAGUGUAUUAUGAAACUGUAUAUAUGUAUUGAUUGUGUUGAUAUAUGUGCAUACUCACAUAUGCACAUUCAUCUAUUUAUAGGCGUUGUAGCUAUGACUUAUUUUAACCCUUAUUUUACUCAAUACAUUUCCUCGAUUAAGUUUCAUAUUGUGUUCGGGAGCUUUUAUAUUAUUGAACAAUGCUAAUGAAUAUUGUAGUUUAAAUUAAGAUCUAAUUAAGUGAAUAACAAAAAUAUUCGUUAUAUAAAGACGCACAACGGUUGAUAUUGUUUAUAAGCAAUUUAUGACGAAACUGUUAGUGACAUGGUUAUUUUUCGUUUUG